CGAACGCACCGUCGAGUGGUGCAAAACUUAAAGUGCUUCCUCAAACCAAAUCGAUGGCUCAGGCUCUGUCACUGCUGCUGCUGCUGCUGCUGAUAGCAGCCAUUGGCUGGACAACGGCUGCCGUCAGCUCGAGCUACGAUCGGCAGGCCAAGACGUUCGUGGAUCAGUCGAGCGAGCGCUACUUCAAGCUCUACCAACAAAUCGCCUCGGAGACAUACUCAGCCAACGAUGAGGAGGAUUUCGAGGCGCUCUUCUCCAAGCUGACCAACGUGAAGCGCAUCGCCGACGAGCUGGUGGGCAUCUCGCGUGAGGCGAGCAACUUUGACCUGGGCAAAGUGAACGAUGCGGAGCUGAAGCUGGCGCUGCAGGAGCUGCGCACCGUGGGUGAUCUGUUCGUGCUGGGCGAGGAUUAUUUCUCGUCGGUGCAAAUGAAUCUGGCUGCGUUGCAGAAAAUGUCCACGGACAAGGACAUUGAGCCGUAUCUGGGUGGUGCCAAGAUGCCCAACGAGGACGACAGCCCGCUGGCCUACUAUCCGGACAUCCAGAAGAUUGUGCAGCGCAGCAACGAUGUGGACGAGCUCAAGUACUACUGGGAGACGUGGCGCGACAAGAACCAAAUCUGGGCCUCGGUCAACUUUUACACGAUUGUGCAGUCGUACCAGAAGGCAGCCCAGAUACUGGAGAUACCGGUGCAUCAGCUGUGGUAUCGCUACGACAGCCAGGAGAUGCUGCAGCAAAUGGAGCAGGCCAUGGCGGAGCUGCGGCCCGCCUAUCAGCAGCUGCACGCGUUUGUGCGCCAGGAGCUGCACAAGAAAUACGGCAGCGAUGUGGUCAACGCCAAUGGCCCCAUUCCUGACCAUCUGUUCCAGCAGGUGCUCGAGCAGGCCUGGGAGGAGGGCAGCAUCAUUGAGUCCUACUUCCCUCGCAAGGAUCUGCCCCAAUACGACGAGUUCGUCAAGCAUCUGAGUGCCAAGGCGCUCGUCAACGAAUCCGAGAGUUUCUAUACUUCCCUGGGCUUUGCACCACUCAGCGCUGAGUUCCACAAGAAUCAGCUCAAGGAGCCAAACGAAGACACACCCGACGACGACUGCCGCCCCUCGCUCUUCGACCUGACCCCGCACGUCUACAUGAUGUACUGCGAAAAGGUUAGCUUCAGGAAGUUGAUGCAAUACCAUGCGCUUAUGGGCCGGGUUUACUAUGCCGAGCAGAAGAAGGCGCUGCCCUCGUACUACUUCAAGGCCUACAACCUGGAAUAUCCCGUGGGUGAGGCUGUGGUGCUCUCUGCCUCCUCGCCCACUCACCUGACGGGCCGUGGCCUGGCCAAGGGCGUGCAGUUCACGGAGCAAACGUUGAUGAAUCGUCUGUUUAGAAUGGGCAUUCAUACGGUACUCAACAUUCCGCUCUACUAUGUGCAUACGAAAGUGAUGCAUGAUCUACUCAAUGGCACCGUCGAUAUGGAUACAGUGAACAAACACUACUGGCGACUGCUGGAGCAGCAUGCGGGCAUUGAGCCGCCCACGGAUCGGCCAGAGGGCGCCAUCGACUUCCCAUACAAGUUCUACGUAAACAUCGAGCAGAACUAUCAAACCAAGAAAUUCAUUUCGGAAAUCCUGGGCUAUCAGUUCUAUCGUUCGCUCUGCCAACAGACCAACCAUCGCGGACAGCUGCACAAUUGCGAUUUCUAUGGCAACUUCGCUGUGGGCAACAGUCUUAAAGCCAUGAUGUCCCUGGGCUCCACAAAGCCUUGGCGUGAGGUUGUUGGCAAAAUAUUGCCCAAAGGCACGGGCCUGAGCAGUCUGGCUCUAUUGGAGUACUAUCAGCCUAUUGUGAACUGGAUUGAAACGCACAACAAACAGACGAAAGCUAAGAUUGGCUGGAAUUCUACAGAAAAAAAGGUCGUUUAGAGGCACUUUUGAUGUUUGCAUUAAAACUAUUUAUAAGCAUUUGCUUGAACUCAAUAAAAACUUGUUAUAUAUA